GUGAUUGGUUAAAAGGGAGUUUUCAAACCAAGACGGAGUUCUCUGAUUGGUUGGUACGCUGCCCCGCACCGCGCUAUCGGUGAAGUGGAGAUCAUUGUGUUUUCCCUCCGUUUCGAGUGAAAAGAAGUUGAUCCGGCGACAUGGCAGGUGGCAAGGCUGGAAAGGACAGUGGUAAAGCCAAGGCGAAAGCCAUAUCCAGAUCCCAGAGAGCUGGCCUGCAGUUUCCUGUAGGACGUAUCCACAGGCACCUGAAGACUCGAACCACCAGCCACGGUCGCGUUGGUGCUACAGCAGCGGUGUACAGCGCAGCUAUCUUGGAAUACCUCACAGCUGAGGUGUUGGAGUUGGCUGGCAAUGCUUCUAAGGAUCUGAAGGUGAAACGUAUCACUCCUAGACAUUUACAGCUGGCCAUCCGUGGAGAUGAGGAGCUGGAUUCGCUGAUCAAAGCCACCAUUGCUGGAGGAGGUGUGAUUCCACACAUCCAUAAGUCUCUGAUCGGAAAGAAGGGCCAGCAGAAAACUGUAUAAGAUGCGUUAUUUCCUGCCUAGGUCUCUGUAAAAUACGGAGCAACAGCAUGCUGGGGACUAUUGUUUGGUUACAUUCCCCUUUUUGUUUGGUUUUGUUUUAGCGUAGUUUGAUAUGAUUCAAGUUCAUGUACUGUUUUCAUGGUGGGAGGGUUAAAAUCUGUUCUGGGCUAAAGACUUUUUUUAAGGUUGUUAAGAAAUGGGGAUUUUUGUGGUGUGGGUUUUGUUAAUGGUUUUUGAAAAUCUGUUUUAUACGUUUAAAUAAACUUUUUCUAAAUAUUA